AUGGGGGCCUUUAUGGCUAUAUUUUACCCCCGGGCAGGGCGCCGAUCUGACGUAGGCUCAGGCCGUUCUAGCCAAAUCGUGCGGGGGGUUAACCCCACUAAGGAUGCCCACCAACAAUUGGCUGUGGAGAGCAUCCCUGAAAAGUUUGUGAGGGAAUUUGGGGAUGAACUAUCCACUGUUUCCAAACUCACUGUACCCUAUGGUCCUAGUUGGCAAGUGGGAUUGGAGAAAGUUGACAAGAACAUUUGGUUUUGUGAUGGUUGGAAGGAUUUUGUCGAAUACCAUUCUAUUUGUUGUGGUUACUUUCUAGUCUUUGAAUAUCAAGGAAAUUCAAAUUUCCAUGUUCUUGUAUUUGAUAAGACUGCCACUGAGAUUCAGUAUCCGUUGAGCAAGAACUGUAAAUUAGAAGAUCAGGUGGACAUUAUGGAAUUAGAUGAUGCAAACAUAUCAAUGCACGACAAGAAUGAAAACGAAAUGUCUAACUCAGAUGAUGAGUUGCCCACAAACCAUAAAGAAGUGGGAGAAAAGUCUGUAAAGAAACAAAUUUCUGGCAUGUCUUCGAAAGGGAAACUCAUGAUGUCCAGAGGAAGAGAGAGAGUAAUGCAAGCAGCCAGAAGGCUUAGGCCUAAAAACCCUUCUUUCAUGGGAAUCAUAGGGCGUGCUAAUAUGCAUAAACAUAUAAUGUAUAUUCCUGCCAGAUUUGCUAUCAAGCAUCUUUGUGGUCCUCAAAUUGCGAAGCUGGAGACAUCUGAUGGAAGGCAAUGGUCUGUCAAUUGCCAUAAUAGAGGUCGCUUAAGUUCAGCUAUGAACAUAGGGCGGGGAUGGAUCGUAUUUGCCAGGGAGAAUAAUUUAGAAGAAGGAGAUGUUUGUGUCUUUGAGCUGAUCAAGGGGAAGCCUGUUGUGCUUAAUGUGUCAAUAUUUCGUGUAGCUGAUUAUGCAUUGCCAGUGAAAUAA